CUUUCCCACUCAACUCUCUCUCUCGUUACUCCCACAACUACUUUCUCUCUUCACACACUCUCUAAUAACUCUUGCUUUCUUCCAAACUUUCUUCUACCCCAAACACAGAUCACACAAGAAAUUCCCAUGGCCGCCACAAGAGUCGCCGCCAUGGUUGCAGCCGCCAUAUUCUUCUCCACAUUUUACAGCGCGUCAACGCAGGCACCGGCGCCGUCUGUGACGGCGGAGGCACCGGCGCCGUCGGCGCUGGCUGGGUGCUCGGAUAUUCUGCUGAACUUGUCGGGGUGCCUGACGUAUGUGGAGGAAGGAAGCAAUUUGACAAAGCCGGAAAAGGAUUGCUGCCCGGCGCUGGCGGGGCUGGUGGAGAGCCACCCCGUCUGCCUCUGCGUGCUUCUUGAGCCCAACGCUACUCAAAGCUAUGGGAUCUCCAUUGAUUCGAAAAAGGCUCUGAAGCUUCCUUCCGUUUGCGGCGUUCAAACACCCCCCGCCACCGCUUGCUCAGCAUUCGGAGUCCCUGUCCCAGGCCCAAUAGGAGCUCCAACGGGGAGUGAGGGGCCUUCUAUCUCACCAGCGAUUGAAGAAGCAACGGCGCCAUCAGUGACGGGGGAGGCACCGGCGCCGUCGGCGUUGGCGGGGUGCUCAGAUAUUCUGCUGAACUUGACGGGGUGCCUGACGUAUGUGGAAGCCGGAAGCAAUUUGACAAAGCCGGAAAAGGAUUGCUGCCCGGCGCUGGCGGGGCUGGUGGAGAGCAACCCUGUCUGCCUAUGCUUGCUUCUUGAGCCCAACGCUACUCAAGGCUAUGGGAUCUCCAUUGAUUCCAAAAAGGCUCUCAAGCUUCCUUCCGUUUGCGGCGUUCAAACACCCCCCGCCACCGCUUGCUCACCUUUCGGAGUCCCUGUCCCAGGCCCUAUAGGAGCUCCAACGGGGAGUGAGGGGUCAUCAGGAGCUCAAGCACCAGAAGGAGUGGCACCCACGCCUGGAAACAGUGUCAGUGAAGCUUCAAGCAUUGUAGGGUCUGGUCUCCCAAUAACUGUUGGCUUAGUGAUUGCAUUUCUUCCAACAUUCUUCUGAUUAUAUAUUUUCUCAUUCAAUUUCAUAUUCAGAUGUUGUAAUCAGACCAUUUUAUUUAAGAAACACAAAUGUUGUAACACUCGGUCCUUUUCCUAUUAGCCAAUAAUAUUGAUUUUGUGAAA